AUGUCAGACGCGACCGGAAUGCAGAAGCCACAACUUUACAUUCAGUCAACAGACUUGCUUGACGUCUACAGGAGUCUUGUAGCUCAAGGCGUAAUUCAAUCACAUGACGAGCAGAUUCGUGUCAUCAUGGAGCUGCGACAGCUUAGGAAAGAUCUAGAGGAUUACGUGCCAUCUUUGUCGCUUCUUCCCCGUGACGAAAUGGUACCACCGGAAAGCAAAAACAAUGAGGAACCGUGGUGGACCGUAAAACCCGGGGAGCCUACCAACGUUUCUACCGAUACCCGCUCGAUAUCCCGAAUCCAGACGCAUGCAGAAGCCCUGGCCAACCUAGAUACACCUAGAGGAAUACUCCUCAUCGGGCCCGCUGGCACGGGCAAAUCGUUCCUCAUGCAGCUAUUCUACGACAGUCUUCCCACCGCGUACAAGUCACGAAAACACUAUUCCCACUUGGUCCUAGAGAUAUACCGUGGAGUUUGGGGGGAAUCGAAACGCCGUUCCUCCGGUGCGCCAGAUCUUCGUCAACCUGUGGAACCGCGUCGAUGGGACACAGCACUGCGUGAUUCCUGGAGGCGACUUAUUGGCACCGAUUCCAGUACGACAGGCUGGGGAAUCCAUGAGAUCGCUCGUCGAUUGGUGACGAACCACUGGCUGCUUUUCUUUGACGAGAUCCAAUUGCGGGACGUCUCGAGUGCUGGUUUAUUAUGCGAUGUCCUCAGUUGGUAUUGGCGCAUGGGCGGAGUGGUAAUCGGCACAUCCAACAAGCUUCCAUCGGACUUGUACUCGAACGGCGUCCAGCGUGAACGACUGGAACCUUUCGUGCAUGCACUGCAAGCACGCUGCCCGGUUCCUGUGAUGCGGGAAGAGCGCGACUGGCGUCGAGUACGAGCCCCCUCUGCUGGUGGCAGCACCUGGUUCGUCCACGACGAACCUGGAGCAGAAGCUGUAUUCAUGGAGGCGGUGCGAGACGCAGCAGGGGGUGCAGAGGGGCAGUCAGAGACACUCACGGUGUUUGGGAGACCCCUGAAUCAAGAACUCGGUCCUGCUGACUAUAUCAGCAUCGCAAGCGCCUAUCAUACACUUGCGAUUCAGGACAUCCCCGUAUUUCCGAUUGGGAAGAAGAACGAGGCUCGCAGGUUCAUUAGUCUUCUCGAUGCGUGCUGGGAAUGUCGGUGUCGAGUGAUUGGACUGGCAGCUGCGAAGCCAGAUGAUCUGUUCUUCCCUGACGCUUUCUCUGCCUCUGCCUCUGGCUCCGAUUCACCUGAAGAGAUCCACACGAACGACGAGCUCCUCAUAGCCGAAUCCUUCACUGAAGGCCUGCAGCAGUCAGCCGAAGGCUUCCGUCCAAACAUCGCAUCCUACGACCUUGACCAGGGGCAAUUUCCGGUUCGAGAUAUCCCGCCUUCCGCAGGGGUGAUGCUCAAGCCGCUGAGCAUUUUCACGGGCGAAGAGGAACCGUUUGCAUAUGCGAGGGCGGUGUCGCGAAUACACGAACUAGCCAGUGCGGCUCAGCAGAAAGAGAUGUGGACUCCUACGGACAGGGAAGCCCGUCGCUGGGAGACAGCGACCCCUGGUACUACUUCGUCCAGUGAUUCUGUUCUACGUACACCUCGUAGACCAAGAGAAGACCCAGACGCGGACUUUGGAUACGAAGCUGCGAAUGAGCGGCCGACGCGCCGGGGUGUGAAGGUGGAGCCACCUAGGAUUAAGGAACAAUAUGUAUGGGGAGCGAGGGAAGAUUGGGGAAGGAAAGCAGGAGAAUGGGGAAGGGGAGCAGGUGCUUACAGGAUAGCCGGUGAGGACUACGCUGAACAGAAAUAG